CGCGACCCACCGGGAGUUUGGAAACGACACAAUCACCACCCAACACGCGUUCGACCGGGGCCAGGCUGUGCGAGUCACGGAUCGCUCCCGAGCCGCCCCGCGCGCUCGCCCUCGCGCUUGCCCCUAUGGAGGGGGACGUGAUGGACAAGCUGGAGGACAUGUCCUCGGUGUACGAGUUCGACCCGAUCACCGGGAACAUCCCCGCCACUAAAGUAGAGAUCACCGUCUCCUGCAGGAAUCUUCUAGAUAAAGACACAUUCUCCAAAUCUGACCCAUUGUGUGUGCUCUAUACCCAAGGAGUGGAGACCAAGCAGUGGAGAGAGUUUGGUAGAACAGAGGUGAUUGACAACACUCUAAACCCAGACUUUGUCAGGAAGUACAUCCUGGACUAUUUCUUUGAGGAGAAGCAGAAUCUACGCUUUGACUUGUAUGACGUAGACUCUAAAAGCCCAGACCUCUCCAAACACCCAUCUGAUGUCAACGACUUCUUGGGUCAGGUGUUCUGUACUCUGGGGGAGAUUGUGGGGUCACCUGCCAGUCGACUGGAGAAACCACUGGGCGGUAUAGCUGGGAAGAAAUGUGGCACCAUCAUUCUGUCUGUAGAGGAGCUGGGUAACUGCAGAGACAGCGCGACAAUGCAGUUCUGUGCCAACAAACUGGACAAGAAGGACUUCUUUGGCAAGUCAGAUCCAUUCAUAGUGUUCUACAGGAGUAACGAGGAUGGAACGUUUACUAUCUGCCAUAAAACUGAGGUUGUGAAGAACACGUUGAACCCAGUGUGGCAGUCAUUCACCAUUCCAGUCAGAGCGCUCUGCAAUGGGGACUUUGACAGGACGAUCAAGGUGGAGGUGUACGACUGGGACCGCGAUGGCAGCCAUGACUUCAUAGGGGAGUUCACCACUAGUUACCGGGAGCUAGCUCGAGGCCAGAGCCAGUUCAACGUCUAUGAGGUGGUGAAUAUCAAAAAGAAACUGAAGAAAAAGAAAUAUGUGAAUUCAGGAACGGUGACCCUCCUCUCCUUCUCUGUGGAAUCAGAGUGCACAUUCCUGGACUUCAUCAAGGGAGGGACCCAAAUCAAUUUCACUGUGGCCAUUGAUUUCACCGCGUCUAAUGGUAACCCAUCCCAGUCCACCUCUCUCCACUACAUGAACCCGUACCAGAUGAAUGCCUACGCCAUGGCCCUGAAGGCUGUAGGGGAGAUCAUCCAGGACUAUGACAGUGAUAAGAUGUUCCCUGCUCUGGGGUUCGGAGCCAAGCUGCCCCCUGAUGGACAGGUCUCACACGAGUUCCCUCUGAACGGUAACAUAGAGAACCCUUACUGUAAUGGUAUAGACGGCAUCCUGGAGGCCUACCACGAGAGUCUGAAGACUGUUCAGCUCUACGGACCAACCAACUUCGCCCCUGUAGUCAACCAUGUGGCCAGGUAUGCUGCAGCGGUUCAGGACGGGUCCCAGUACUUCAUCCUCCUCAUCAUUACAGAUGGAGUCAUAUCAGACAUGGCUCAGACCAAGGAGGCCAUCGUCAAUGGGGCUAAACUGCCCAUGUCCAUCAUCAUCGUUGGAGUGGGACAGGCUGAGUUUGACGCCAUGGUGGAGUUGGAUGGUGAUGACAUCAGAAUCUCUUCCAGAGGGAAGCUGGCAGAGAGAGACAUUGUCCAGUUUGUCCCAUUCAGAGACUACAUGGAUCGUACAGGGAACCAUGUCCUCAGUAUGGCCCGGCUAGCCAAGGAUGUCCUGGCUGAGAUCCCUGAUCAGUUCAUCUCUUAUAUGAAGAGUCGGGGCAUCAAACCCAACCCUGCACCCCCCUACACACCCUCUGGACACACACACCACACACAGAUCUGACCACCUCACACACACACCUUUACACUGAGUACUGAUGAGAGAGACACCAUCAAAGAUUUGCAACCCCUAGGAAUCAUAGGAGGGGAACUCUCUGUCUACUUCCUGAUUGGAACAUCGAGACAGGACGUGAUGUAAGAGGAAGCUAUUAAAGCUACAGGUGUUUGUGUCAGAACUCUCCCGAACAGGUAACUCUCUGGACUGGGGAAGACAACAGUGUUUCUGUUCAUUGUGGUUCUAUCUAUUCUGUUUGUCUCUCUGGAGGAGAAGAGAGACCACCAUGGAGAGAUUAUAUGUAGCUGUGCCAUACAAGGACUAUGGUGAUCGAUGACUUGUCUUUUUAUCAACAUACAUGGGCCUGUGACUGUUUUCUCUUGUAUUGUUAAAGAGCAGGUGUGAUCGAGGGGUCAUGUUGUGGUUGAAACUUGUGCCUGUGUGUAGAGGGGUCAUCUAACCGACCAAGUGGAACCCUUAUGUGAACACUGACAUCUCACCUUCGACCUUUGAUCUUGCAUGUGAUUGGUGUAUUGGAGCGCGUGUGUUAAGGUGGUGAUGUUUUUAGAAACCUUUCCAUCAGUUUACUAGUUUGUUUUAGCCCUCAGACAUGUCUUCAUCAUUCUAGUUUGUUUUGGCCCUCAGACAUGUCUUCAUCAUUCUAGUUUGUUUUGGCCCUCAGACAUGUCUUCAUCAUUCUAGUUUGUUUUGGGCCUCAGACAUGUCUUCAUCAUUCUAGUUUGUUUUGGCCCUCAGACAUGUCUAUAUAUUGAUUUGUAGCUUCAUCAUUCUAGUUUGUUUUGGGCCUCAGACAUGUCUUCAUCAUUCUAGUUUGUUUUGGCCCUCAGACAUGUCUUCAUCAUUCUAGUUUGUUUUGGCCCUCAGACAUGUCUAUAUAUUGAUUUGUAACUUAAUCAUUCUAGUUUGUUUUAGGCCUCAGACAUGUCUUCAUCAUUCUAGUUUGUUUUGGCCCUCAGACAUGUCUAUAUAUUGAUUUGUAACUUCAUCAUUCUAGUUUGUUUUAGGCCUCAGACAUGUCUUCAUCAUUCUAGUUUGUUUUAGGCCCUCAGACAUGUCUAUAUAUUGAUUUGUAACUUCAUCAUUCUAGUUUGUUUUAGGCCUCAGACAUGUCUUCAUCAUUCUAGUUUGUUUUGGCCCUCAGACAUGUCUUCAUCAUUCUAGUUUGUUUUGGCCCUCAGACAUGUCUUCAUCAUUCUAGUUUGUUUUGGCCCUCAGACAUGUCUUCAUCAUUCUAGUUUGUUUUGGCCCUCAGACAUGUCUUCAUCAUUCUAGUUUGUUUUGGCCCUCAGACAUGUCUUCAUCAUUCUAGUUUGUUUUGGCCCUCAGACAUGUCUAUAUAUUGAUUUGUAGCUUCAUCAUUCUAGUUUGUUUUGGCCCUCAGACAUGUCUUCAUCAUUCUAGUUUGUUUUGGCCCUCAGACGUCUUCAUCAUUCUAGUUUGUUUUGGCCCUCAGACGUCUUCAUCAUUCUAGUUUGUUUUGGCCCUCAGACGUCUUCAUCAUUCUAGUUUGUUUUGGCCCUCAGACAUGUCUUCAUCAUUCUAGUUUGUUUUAGGCCUCAGACAUGUCUUCAUCAUUCUAGUUUGUUUUAGGCCUCAGACAUGUCUUCAUCAUUCUAGUUUGUUUUAGGCCCUCAGACAUGUCUAUAUAUUGAUUUGUAGCUUCAUCAUUCUAGUUUGUUUUGGCCCUCAGACGUCUUCAUCAUUCUAGUUUGUUUUAGGCCUCAGACAUGUCUUCAUCAUUCUAGUUUGUUUUGGGCCUCAGACAUGUCUAUAUAUUGAUUUGUAACUUCAUCAUUCAAGGUGAAGAAAAGAAAAGUAUUUUACAUGUUUUGUUUCAUUGCUUCACUAAGUUUUUCGUACUCCCAUAAGUUAUUGAUUCUUCUCUUGCUUUACAUUUCAAAGCAUGUUUGUGUAGGACGAAAUUUGCCUGUAUGCCUGUAUUUAUAAUGUAUCAAAGUGGCAUGGAUAUAUAAGGAUAUAUAAUGAUUUUGUAUUUGUUUAGUUAUUUUAUCAUUUCUAGGUACCUUCCCAGUUUAGAUUUCUCUACAACACACAGUUAGUUAGAUAGUUAGCAAUACGAUUAAGCACAAGGGCGAGAUACUUCAACCACCACAGCAAUUGGUAGAACCUGUCUGUGACGUCAUCGUAACUGUAACAUACAUAGCCACACCUGUAACAUACAUCAUCAUAAGUAUUGGUUUUGAUAGUUGACCAGGUCAUAUUUGGGAUCAGUCAAAGAUAUUUAAAAUAUACAAAUUAUUACGCAAUUCAAAAGCACAAAAAAAAAUAAUAAUCUAAUACUCUUUCAACUAUUCCAUUUUUUUUCUCUCUUUUCAUCUCUCUCUUUCCAUAGAGAAUGGAUUUUUGUUUAUUGAUAUUAAACCUCUCUGGAUAAAUGUA